AUGGCUGCCCUCGCAAAGGCCAUCAACGCCAAGAUCCGGUCCAACCCGAUGCUGAGCUAUGUCUGCACGACUCACUUCUGGGGACCUGUAUCGAACUUUGGCAUUCCAAUUGCCGCCGUUUUGGACACUCAGAAGAGCCCUGACCUGAUCUCCGGACAGAUGACCGCUGCCCUUUGCGUCUACUCUGCGACUUUCAUGCGAUACUCUCUUGCCGUCUCCCCCAAAAACUACCUCCUGUUCGGAUGCCACGUCAUCAACGAGGCCGCGCAGCUGACCCAGGGCUACCGAUACCUGUCAUGGCACCAAUGGGGUGGAAAAGAGAAGGCAGCGUUGGAAGCG